CUUCUUUGGUUCUUCCUAUCUUAGACUUCCUUAAUUAAUUAAUUAAUUAAUUAUUCACGUGCCUUUAAAACGUUAUAAUCAAACACUUCUUCUCUAUUUAUUCAUUGAAAUGGUUUGCUAAUAGUCUUAACAAGCUUAUCAAACAAACAAAUGGGGUUCUUCUCUUGUUUCUUCUUCAUCUCCCUCGCUCUCCUCUCUCACCAUGUACUAAUUGUAAAUGGAUUCACCGGAACAUACGGAGUAAACUAUGGAAGAAUAGCCGAUAAUCUCCCACCACCGGAAAGUGUAGUAACACUCCUUAAAGCCGCAAAGAUAAAGAACACAAGAAUUUACGACGCUGAUCACAGUGUUCUAACGGCGUUAGCCGACAGUGGAAUCGAAAUCAUAGUAGGACUUGGAAAUGAAUUCUUGAAAGACAUAGCAGCUAACGGAGAACGUGCCGUUGAUUGGAUAAAAGAAAACGUCGAACCAUUUAUUCCUAAAACUAAAAUCGUUGGUAUAGCGGUUGGAAAUGAAAUAUUAGGUAGUACGGGUGGGCAAGACUUAUGGGAAGCCCUAGUACCCGCAGUGAAAAAUGUCUAUAUUGCCCUUGACCGUUUAAACCUAGCUAGCUCGGUCCAAGUCUCGAGCCCUCACUCAGAGGCUGUAUUUGCCACGUCAUACCCUCCCUCGGCAGGGGCAUUUAGGGAAGAAAUAUUACCGUACAUGAAACCACUUUUACAAUUCUUUUCACAAGUUGGUUCCCCUUUUUACAUCAAUGCUUACCCAUUCUUAGCUUAUAUUAGUGACCCGACCCAUAUUGAUAUAAACUACGCCCUUUUUAAGAAAAACCCGGGUAUUUACGACCCGAAGACGAAACUUCACUAUGAUAACAUGUUCAUGGCUCAGAUUGAUGCUGCUUAUGCUGCGUUAGAGAAGGUCGGGUAUGAGAAGAUGGAGGUGAUCGUGUCGGAAACCGGGUGGGCUUCGAAAGGGGAUCCGAGUGAAGAUGGGGCGACGUUAAAGAAUGCAAGGACUUAUAAUUAUAAUUUGAAGAAGUUGUUGUAUAAGAAGAAAGGUACACCUUAUAGACCACAUACUCCUAUAAAGGCAUAUGUGUUUGCCUUGUUUAAUGAGAAUUUGAAGCCUGGGCCCACUUCUGAGAGGAACUUUGGGUUGUUUAAGCCUGAUGGUAGUGUUGCUUAUCAUAUUGGAUUUACUGGCAUUUCUUCCUCAGCUCCUUCGUUUAAGGCAAUUGGAGGUCAAGGAUGGUUUGGGUGCUCCUAUUUAUUGGUGAUCACAAUUUGUACAGCCUCAAUACUUUUGAAUGUAAUCUCCUGAUUUUUUUAGGAAUUUUUUUUUAAUUAUUGCAUGGGGUAUACAUGUACGUACAAGGUGAACUUUAGAGCUAAAUCAAAGCAAUUUUAUAUGUAUGAAACUAAUUCUUUGUACAAAAUACUAAUAUUGUUGACUAAAUUCUGAAAUACGAAAUAUCAUUACUAA